ACACACACUCAGGUCGCAAAUGGCAUCCGACAAAUUUAGAAAGACAAGUACGCACUCACCACGUUUUCCCAUCCAUCUCAGUCAGCAGCUUCCUGUAAGGUUACUAAGGGACCAAGGGAGUAAGGUAGGUAACCAGCACCAAUAUAUGGUACCACUGCCUGCCUCUGAGACACAGUAACAACGACGUACGAGGAAGGUGUGCAGAGGGAACCUCACCUUCCGCGAUAGUAAACUUGGAAUAGAAAGAGCGCACCAUUGACUAAGAAAAGGUAGGCACGAAGGAUACUUUGGUACAUGAGGUGGGCAUUUUGGGUAAGGUGCCUUGCCUUGCCUUGCAGAGUAUUUUGUUGCAUCAUUCAUCACUUCUUCUCGCCUUUGCCCACCAUUGGGUUGCUGUUGCAUUCACGUUACAACCCACCUACUGUGUACCGUCCCGACUAUGUCGAAGUCGUCGUCGUCGUGCGGCAUGUCAAUGUCAUUGCGCUGCAGCUCUUGUCCUCCCAUCUUCUCGUCUCAUUCGGCCAAACGACGGUCCAAGACCCCGAAUGGCACCUCUCCACAACCUCACCUCUCUACCUUACACCGUUUGACCGCAGUCGACACCAUUCGCACCGCACCGCAUCGCACCGCACCAUACUGCACCCUUUCACCUGCACCUCUGCCUUCUGCUAUUGAGGCAAAGUCCAAGGUUCUAAGUUCCAACCCUUCGCCAUGCUGCAUCUCCGUUGUCAACUCCAGUCUCCCCUCCCAUCCAGCCCAGUCCUGCCUCAUCCUGGGACAACGCUUGUACGACCUUAUCUCCCCGCCACAGACAGGCGGACAGAUAUACCAGACCGUCGUUCAAGCGCCGCCAUCACGAUGCUAUCCUGGAGCUGCCCUGCCACUCUUCACCCCAUGCACAGAAGCAAACACCCUCAACGAUGGUAGGCCACCACUCAUUAACGCAGACAUUGGCAUUGUUCCCAGCCAUCACUUGUUGUCUACGGCACCGUUACCCA